AAAGCCUUCAACGAAAAGUGAAGCUGUGUUGCAACUUCUGGUCGCGCUGUGUUGCAAGCGAAUCGCGCUGAUUACUGCGCAUGGUGCAUACAUAACUGCUAUUUAAGGAAAAACAGGACGUUAACUUCCGACAACAGCGGCUGCACGACAGACCAGAUCAGAGCACGCGACCGAAUAGAAAGGAAGAAACUGGUUCGACGAGGAACGGGUGCGAGGGAAAAAUACAAAAAAAUAUACACAAAUAAUUUAAGGAAAACCGCGUGAAGUAGGAGGAAAUAUUUCAACAUGGCGUGUCGAGUGUGGUAUGGCGUGGCGUUGCUAUUUUUUGCCACCAACAUCAUGGCUGCCGACAUACUGAUGGUCACAAUGGGCGGCACCAAGUCACACAAAAUACCCUUUUGGGAGCUGGCGAAAGGACUGAUACACAGAGGUCACAACAUAACAUUUCUUAAUGGUUUUCCAUCGGAUUUUCACAUUAACGGUUUACACGAGAUUACACCAGCUGGCUUGGUUGAGUACAUACAAAACUAUACGAACUGGGAUUUAUUGGGCUCACGUAUGUCUGGUGAAAUGCCUUUAUCGAUGUGGGACGCAUUUCGAUAUGCGUUUCAAUCCUGCGAUGCAAUGCUGGAGGAUGCCGAAACUAAGGAGCUCAUGAAUCGCAGCUUUGACUUAGCCAUUCUGGAUGGCGCCUUUCCCGAGUGUGCACUCGGCAUGGUCUAUCAAUACAAAAUACCGUUCAUGUAUAUGAAUACGGUGGGCUUCUAUACCGGCAGUCUGGCAAAGUCCGGUAAUCCCGGUUCGUAUGCGAUAACGCCGAAUUUCUAUUCAAGCUUUACGGACACGAUGAAUAUCUUCCAGCGGGCGAUGAACACCGGCAUACAAGUCUUUCAGGAUGUUAUGCACAAGCUAGUCAUGGCGUUCGUUUAUCGCGUGAUGCGCGAACGCAUCGACACAAAUAUUCCGCAUCCCUAUGAUAUCUCGAAAAAUGUCAGCUUCAUACUGCAGAAUGGCCACGCUGUCGUAUCAUAUCCGCGUGCACUCAAUCCGAACGUUGCCGAAAUCGCCUGCAUACACUGCAAGCCCGCUAAGCCGCUGCCUAAAGAUCUCGAAGAGUUUAUUGCUUCCGCGGGCGAAUCGGGUUUCAUUUAUGUCUCGAUGGGUUCUUCAGUGAAGGCCGCCAACAUGCCGGAGUCGCUGCGUCGUUUGUUGGUGAAAACGUUCGCACGUCUGCCAUAUCAUGUGCUUUGGAAGUAUGAGGGUGAUGCUUCGGAAAUGCAUGAUCUCACGGCUAAUGUGCGCCUGAGUCGCUGGUUGCCACAGCAGGAUAUUUUGGGGCAUCACAAACUGCGCGCCUUCGUUACGCAUGGCGGUUUGUUGAGCAUGUUCGAGACGGUAUACCAUGGUGUGCCAGUUGUGACAAUGCCAGUCUUCUGCGAUCACGAUGUGAACUCUGCCAAGGCGGAGGUGGAUGGCUAUGCGAUCAAAUUACAGUUGGAGACUCUAACUGUUAGUCAGCUUUACAAGAGCUUAAUGAAGGUCAUACAUGAUCCGCAGUAUAGAAAUGCGGCGAGAUCCCGCCAAAGAUUGCUGACAGAUCAGCGUAGUACUCCCUUGGAAACAUCCAUAUAUUGGACGGAAUAUGUUUUGCGUCACAAAGGAGCUUACCACUUGCAAUCGCCGGCAAGAAAUAUGAGUUGGAUCCAAUACUACCUAAUCGAUGUAGUCGCACUCUACGUGGGCGCUAUCUACCUAAUCUACUAUCUGCUGAAACGUUUAUUCUCCCGCCCCGAAGUCAUGCAACAUAGCAUACGCCAUGCUCAUCACAAAGUCAAAAAGCUCAACUAAUUUCCCCUCAAUAAUUAGCUCGGUGAUAUUCAAUUAGUGAAGGGUGUCUAAGUAUGUGCAGAAUACUGCCGCCAUACUUCCUCUCACUCUCUCUCUAUCCCUUCAGUUGCAGUCUGUUCAUGGCAGAGCGCAUAGUCUCAUUUUCAUUUUUUACAGUGUGUGUGUGUGCAAAUAUUUUCGACUUUUUCUUUUGUGUAGAAAAAGUUAUUGUAAAUAUUGUGACUACAUAAACCUAUUUAAUAUAUAUUUAAUUAUUAUGUGUACAAAAGCGUGUGACAACUCUCAAAAAUAUAUAUAUAUAUAAUAUAAUGAAUAAAAGCUGCCGAAGAAAAUUAAUUAUUUUUAA